UGUGUCGAGCUGCAUUUGCCUCCUCUGUCGUGGGCUGCUCUCUGUGCACCUGUGUCCAGACUCUGCCUCACAGACUCUUUAGCCAUCAUCUCAUGAUCAUUGUACAAUUUCUUCAUUAAGGUCUCUUCUUUUCGCAACUUUAAUGGGAUUUUAGUUUAUGUGCUAAGUAGGCGAGGCAAGGCGAGGCGAGGCGAGAAUUCUAUAUUCGAUAGCACGGUCAAUCGAUUAGAUAGCAUUGGGCUCAUUAUAAAAAUCAGACGACAACUGGAAACUGUCAGUGAGCAAAUCGAAAAUAAUUGUGAGAAAUGUUUGAGAGCAUUGAAAAUAAAGAGACAAAGGCGCCAGCUUCAACAGUUGAAGAAAAAGUCGAGGCUGCGGCUGGGAAAUGCAACACCAACAGCGCCAGCACCAUCACCACCACGUCCACCAGCACCACCAAUGCGCCUCCACCGUCCGAGCUGGAUAUUGUGAUCAAUAAUGUCGUGUGCUCCUUUAGCGUGCACUGCCAUCUGAAGCUGCGAGAGAUUGCGCUGCACGGCUCCAAUGUGGAGUAUCGUCGAGAGAAUGGCAUGGUGACGAUGCGUUUGCGUCGUCCUUAUACAACGGCUUCGAUAUGGUCGUCCGGGCGCAUUACCUGCACGGGCGCCAUCUCUGAGCCGCAGGCCAAGGUGGCGGCGCGUCGUUACGCUCGCAGCUUGGGCAAACUGGGAUUUCCGGUGCGUUUCCAACAGUUUCGCAUUGUCAACGUGCUCGGCACGUGCAGCAUGCCCUGGCCGAUACGCAUCGUCAACUUCUCGGAGCGGCAUCGUGAUAAUGCCAGCUACGAGCCGGAAUUGCACCCGGGCGUCACAUUCAAAAUGCAAGAGCUGAAGGCCACUCUGAAGAUCUUCUCGACGGGCAGCAUCACGGUGACAGCGGCUAGUGUGAAUGCCGUCGAGUCGGCCAUACAGCGCCUGUAUCCGUUGGUGCAUGAAUUUCGCACUCGGCCCAUGGCCGAGACUGUGGAGACCGAGAGCAAAGCCAAGCCGAAGAUACCGAAUCUUAUUAAACGUCCAGUGCCAGUGACCUUCAAUGCCAUCUCCAUGCCCAUGCCCAUGCCCAUGCUGAACGUGAAGCCCGGACUGAGGCGUGAGCAGCCGACGCCGCCGCCGAAAAAUACGCCCAGCGAGAAUAUUUGUGGCAAUGCGCGCCGUCGUGCCACCGAGUGUUGGGCCAGCAAGUUGCAAAAGAAGCGUCCGCGCUUCAACGAUGCCGGCUCCAUGGCCAUCAUCAAUGCCGGCAAUUUGGCCCGUUCUGUGAGUGGCAACAAGCUGAGUCGAAAGACAUCCAACGAUCUGGACGAGAAGUGUACAAUACAGAACGAAGAGUCGGAUCAGUUGGACAGCUACCCAGUGGACGAUAUCGAUGAUGACGACGAUAAGCAUUGGUAACCCCUGCUCCAUCGAUGCAAGCCAGAAGGCUUCUUCAACAUCUCACUUUCAACUGGAAAGCUGUUAUAAAUACUUCAAGAAAACUAAUAAAUAGUCCUAUGUUUGCUUUC